AACAAACCUAAAUAUGCAAUAGUGAAGUGUUCGUAAAAUAAAAUAAUGAUAAAUAAGAAAGAUUUUAUUUAAAUUUGACAAAAUUUCCAUCCAAAUGAUAUAAUGUUUGUGGUUUGUUUACUUUUUACGAUGUUGUGGAAAUAAUACCAACAUAGUGCUAUGUCUGCUUUACAAGAACGUCUUCCUACAUAAAUGGUAAUACAACAUUAUUUGUUUGUGAACCAGUAACACCGAAGCAUCCAUUUUAUUUUAUUCUAUUUCCAUUUUAUUUUUAUCUUAGCAUUAUUAACAAUCAUUUAUACAUGUGCUAAAAGUAUUUUUAAAAUAUUAAUAAAUUUGUGUUAAAAAUUAUGUCUUAUUACAUAGACUUCUGUGUACAAAAUGUGUCUAAGGCGCGAGAUGAAGGAAGAUGCCGAGAAAGUAUAAACGAUACAGGACAAUAUUUUAACAAUCGGAUAAAUAGUGGAGCUGAUAUGUGGAAUGCCAGAUAUGGAGACUAUUAUUAUGAUUCAAGAAAUCAAUUCUUAUCUAGACAAGGGCACAGAAGAUAUUCAUCCUAUUCUCAUGGAUAUAACAUGAAUAAUUAUGAUCAACAAGCAAUGCCCAAUGAUUAUUAUCAUUUUCAAAACCCGCCAAUGAAUCAAACUGGUCAAUAUAGAUCUCAAAGGCAACAUAGAUAUGAUUCUAAUCUCAACAAUAAAUAUUGUGAUAGUUAUUCAAUGCAUUACAACCAAGCAAUUUCUUAUGCGAAUGACAAUGCACUUCACGCCAAGAGGUAUACAACACCAAAAUCAGAUUAUAUUAAUUUUACAUCAAAUGAUAGAACACCAUCAAACAAAUCCAAUUGUAAAACACCGUCAAACAUAUCUGAUAACGUAUCUAGUAACAAUAUAUCUAAUAAUGUAACCCAUAAGCCUACACAAAAUAAUGAAAAUUGUAGUAACGUAGUUGAUAAAUCUUUAGUGAUUCACAAUAACAAUAAAAUUCAGUUUUCAAAUAAAUGUGAUUCAAAUCAGAUACCUAAGUCAAGUGCAAUUAAUGAUUUAAAUCAUACAAAUAAAAUACCUGUGUCAAGUGAAGUCACUUAUCAGAAAAUUCUUAUCUUAUUUCCAUAA